CGCGGCAGCAGCAGCAGCAGCAGCAGCAGCAGCAGCGGAGCCCGGGCAGCGGCGGCACGACCCGCCGUCCUCCACCGCCUCCUCCUCGUCCUCCUCCUCCGCCCGGGGCAGCACCGGCCCGGCCGCGGCGGCUGCGGCGGCAUGGACAAGGACGGCCUGAGCCGGGCUGACCAGCAGUACGAGUGCGUGGCCGAGAUCGGCGAGGGCGCCUACGGGAAGGUGUUCAAGGCCCGGGACCUGAAGAACGGAGGCCGUUUCGUGGCGCUCAAGCGCGUGCGGGUGCAGACCGGGGAGGAGGGCAUGCCGCUCUCCACCAUCCGCGAGGUGGCGGUGUUGAGGCACCUGGAGACCUUCGAGCACCCCAACGUGGUCAGGUUGUUUGAUGUGUGCACGGUGUCACGGACAGACAGAGAAACCAAGCUCACGCUAGUGUUCGAACACGUUGAUCAAGACUUGACCACCUAUUUGGAUAAAGUUCCAGACCCAGGAGUACCCACAGAAACAAUCAAGGACAUGAUGUUUCAGCUACUCCGAGGUCUGGAUUUUCUUCAUUCGCACCGAGUAGUGCACCGGGAUCUGAAACCACAGAAUAUCCUUGUCACCAGCAAUGGACAGAUUAAACUGGCCGAUUUUGGCCUUGCACGGAUCUACAGUUUUCAAAUGGCUCUUACCUCAGUGGUUGUCACUUUAUGGUACAGAGCGCCUGAAGUCUUGCUUCAGUCCAGUUAUGCCACGCCAGUGGACCUAUGGAGUGUUGGCUGCAUAUUUGCAGAAAUGUUUCGUCGAAAGCCUCUUUUUCGUGGAAGUUCAGAUGUUGAUCAACUAGGAAAAAUCUUGGAUGUCAUUGGACUUCCAGGUGAAGAAGACUGGCCAAAUGAUGUGGCCCUCCCCAGGCAGGCUUUUAAUGCAAAAUCUCCCCAACCAAUCGAAAAGUUUGUAACAGAUAUUGAUGAGCUAGGCAAAGACUUACUUAUGAAGUGCUUGACAUUCAACCCAGCAAAGAGAAUUUCGGCUUGUGGUGCAUUGUCUCACCCGUAUUUCCAUGAUGUAGAGAAGCCUCAUGAGAAUGUGGACCCUCGGACAUCCCCCAGCCAAAGCAGCAGUGAGGGGAACAGUGCUUGAGGCGACCAACUCUCUAGAGCUGAACUGUUGACUGAGGGGGCUACCUCCUGGGGGAGGCCGAGCGGCCACUGAUCACAUCUGGGCUUCUGGAGGGUUGGCCUCUCUCUUCUGGAUGGCGAUCUGUUUCUCCCGGGAAACUGGCCCAGUUUACUGUUUCCAAAUCAAUGCAAAAGCAAUUUUGAGCUUGAUGUUUGUGUGUCUGUUCGUUUGUUUGUUCAUUCGAAAUACCUGGAAAAGCAAGACAAAAAAACACAAAAACACAAAAAAAAAACCUCCAGAUGAAGAGAAGCUGCUGACCAGUGUUGCUGCCGUUUCUUUUGUCCAACAUCAAAUGCUGCCAGAGUGAAGUAGGAAUGAUCCAGUCACUGCCGAUUUCAGAUGUAAUCUCUCUAUAGCUGCUGAAGCCUGAUUUGGUACUCUUGAGUGUGUGUAGGGGUGUGUGUGUGUGUGUGUGUGUGUGUGUGUGUGUGUGUGUGUGCGUGCGUGUGUGCAUGUAUGUAUGCGUGUGUGUGCUUGUGAUCUCUUAAAGUGUUAUUUUUUUAACUACGUAGAAUAAUUGAAUUUUUAGAGGCUGAAGGGAAUGGAAUACAGAUGCAUCUAUUUACUGAAGAGAAAAUACCAGAAUUAGAGCUUCUCCAAUGAGAAAUACGGGCCUGUGUUGACAACAUCUCCUUUCUGUUUAAAUGCAGUACGUUUACAAGGAGUGAAAGAGUUUAUUUCUACCUAGACAAAAGUGGAUGCACACUGAAAAAUUCAUCCAUGUCUUUCCAGCUCCCCUGUGAUUAUCUUUAAGGGAAGUAUUUCAAAAUAUGUAAUAUCUUCUGCCCUUUUUGGAAAGCUAAUUUUAUUCAAUGCAAAUCUGUUUUGAUUGUACAACAUAAUUAUUUUUCUCUCAAAACAGGGCCCCAAAAUCAUUUCCCUACUUAUUAUUGACUUCAGGAAAUGUCCCUCUUUUAAAAAAAAGUAAACAAAAAUGGCAAAAAAAGAGAGCCUUUUUUUUCUGGUUUGCAACUUUUAAACAUUUUGUAAGGUCUCUAUUUUUAAAGCAUUUCCUAUUUUAGUUGAGAGAAUCCUUCUUUUCUAGCUGGUUACAGGAAUGCCCUAAGCGUUAUCUCUACAUGUUAACACUGUACUUUCUAUAAUGCACUGCCUUACUUGCAAAAUGUGUAUUGCAUAUUACCUCCUAGUGCCUAUGUACAUUACUGCCAGCUGGUUACUUAUGUCAUUUUACACACUAUCUUCAUGUGUCAGACACACCUCUUGUUAUCUAUGGAAUAAGAUUGCAAUUUCAUUACCCUAACUCUACCACCUCAUUCAGGCCUCAGUGCUCUUCCUCUCAAGGAUCGUACAUCAUGGUCCUGUGCUUUUGUAGCUUAAGGUGAUGAGUCGGGUACACAUGUCCUUCUAUGCCACCAGCAAAAAAAAAAAAUGUACAAACCAGUAGAGAAGAUGGCUUGAAACUAGAAUUUAGUAUUUUUACUUUGGUAACACAAUCUAUUUUCAGUACAGCGUUUGUCUUUUUAAAAGGGCAAAAAGAAAAAAAAACUUUUAACUACUUUUCAGGAAUAACUUUCUGCUCUACAAAAGCAAACAUUAGGUUUUCUUCCCAUUGCGUAGACCAUCUUUCCUUAGUGUUUCCUCUUGCUCUUUGGUUCGGGUUAGGGAUCCUUUAUGAAAGACAUUCAGCCUGCUCCUGGUUCUUAGGCUAUUGAUCCCCUACUACGAAUGGAGAUCUUUAUAUUGUGUCUGCUUUUUCCUACUUCUUCAUGUUCCUCCACCUUAACCUUGGAGAUAGCUGCUGUCAUGGCCAUGCACCCCCUCAAUCUUCUGCUCACUCACACUCCGUUUUCUAGUGACUAUUGUCUGAUAGCAAGAACAUAGCCAACCAACUGUCUUUGGAGAAAUAAGGUAGACUCUCACUUUUGCUUUUAGACUCUUGCUUUGAACAUAUACAUCAGUUAAGAUUAUGUUCAGAGGCAGAAUUAUUAAAGAAUGGAUAAAUACCAGCCUGUCAGACUGAAAGACAGCAUGUCUACUUUUGUGCUUUAGAAAGCAUUAUAGUAUUCUUGAGAAAUAACAAUAUGCAGCUUCUUGGGGUAUGCAGAUAUAUCAAACUAUAGAAAAAGUAAAGGACAUUUGGGUUUGGGGAAUCACUUUUUAAAACAUAAGAUACACACACAUACUGGUUUGCUUCAGUGAUACAAAGGACGAAUUCUCCUUUGAAAUAAAGUGAGGCGGCGUCUAGGAUUAUUUCACAUAUUUUUCAGUAUUUCAACAUCAGUAACUGGGUUUUUGGCCAUUGGUAUUAAUCCUUGAAAUAAAAUUAUCUUGAAGGUGGUCUAAAUAAUACCAAAUAUGACCAAGAAUGGUACACAUUUUGCUUUUCUUUGGGGCACUGAGUUAAAACAAAGAGGAGGACCUGUUUUAUCCUAUCAUAAACUUGAAUUAGGGAACUUUCUUCCUUGCUACUACAUGAGCUUCUAAGUCAGCCUCCAUCUAGCCAUCUCUUAGGCAAAAGUUUGAGUCACAAAGUUAGCAUGAGAAAAAAACACAGGUGUGCUAUGUGCUCUUGUGUUUUGUUUUUUCAUUGGCUUAGGAAGUUUACUUUUUCUUUCUAGCAUUUACUACCAUUGACUUCAUUUUUUAGUUUUUAAUGAGAUUUUUUUUAAAAAACACAUAUUUUGGCCCAACAUCCUUCCCAAAAUUAGACCCUGGUAACACAAAAUAAGAUAAAGCAAUUCAUCUUCUUGUGUUAUCCCAUCAGUCAGACUUAAACCCUUAUCUCUUCUGUUAAUUUAUAUAUUGGGCUAGCAUGACUCUUUGGUCAUUUUGUGCUUAUGGUGGUCACCUCCCAUAUUUGCUGUUUCCUGAUUGAGGGUCCACACCAGGCCCUAUUGCUUUCAAGGAGAGGUUUUUCCCAAAUCCUCCAGAGAAGCACUGGGUUUUUAGUUACUCUUUUGGGAAACAUUGUUUCACAGAGCUUUGCUAAUGCUAAGAAGCCAGGGACAUGUCAGAACUCAAAAUACCCAUUAAGCCUUAUCUAAAAACCCAUGUAACAAAUUAAAAAUACAUGGUAGAUUUGAAGUUAAGUGAGAUGACUUCUUUUGGCCUGGUGAAAGAACCCAUGUUUCCCAUGUUACAAUGGAAGAGAACUAUCUAAUGUUUUAUACUGGGUUGCCACGGCCUUUUGCCAAAAGCUUCUGCAGCAAAUUAAAGAUAAAAUACUGCACAGGGCAGAGUUUUAUGGUUAGUCCAGGACAAUUACAAUGAAUCAAAGCCAGGUGUCCAGUCUUUCCUUAUGAAUUAUAUGGUAUGUCAAAGAGGUAAAAACCUAACCUAAAGGAAACAGGCUCAUAGGAAACUAAGGCCAAAGGGGUGGGCGUCUCCCAUUUUGUUUCUGCUCUGAAGUCAACGGAAACUUGGGAGUUCAAGGAACAGGAAUCUUGUGGGCAGACUCAGCCCCCUCUCCUCUCAUAGUUUACUCUUAACAAGCAUGCAUCUUGGAUUUCAGGCCUUCUAGGCCCCCAGGGGGCUCUUACCAGAAAAGAUCAGAAUUAUCCAACCUAAAAAUAGAAUCUUCCCAUCUUGUUAACUUGUAGGACAUACCAUACUUAAGAUCUCUUGUAUAAAAAAGGUACAGUAUUGCAACUGGGGAAGUCCAUUUUUUAUCUUGUUUGGUUGGGGUUUUUUUGUUUUGUUCCUUUUUUUAUUGAGAAAUUUCUCUUUAGUUUGUGACAGAAAUGUAUCAGUACCUUGCUAAGGAAAUUCUUUUAGACAUACCAGAUAUUUUUCUCCUUAAAUUAUAUAGCAUUAUGGUGCUUGGUUAUACACUGUGGACCUUCCACCCAGGUAAAUGUUGCAUGUGGAGCAUAAGAGUGCCAGCAUUAGCAAUCCCUGUUGCAUCACGGAGACAAAAUCACGUGAAACUUCCUAACAACAUGGCACACAUUAAAAUUCAGCUUACCAAGGACAGCAUAUUUCCUUUUCCUUCUUGGAAGAUUCCAGUAUUUUUGUAUCAAACAUGCCAGACCGCGUAUCUUCAAUUUCUCUCCAAAGUGUAGCCCUUGAGGUUACAUCGAGUAUAUCAAAACUCAGAAGCCGUUAGAUUGUUUGAUGUGGCAGGCGAUGCUUAGAGAGGCCACUGUUGUUAGCCAUUUGGGGUCAUUCUUUCUCACAAAAGGAAUGAACCUUGGGAAGAAAAUGUUGUUAUAGAAUCUUAGCUACUGAAGGAUUCUUUAGAAGAGUGAAACCUUUAAAUUGAGAGAUAAAUAAGAUGUCAUUUGUUUAAACACUUUUGUAAAAAGGUGAGUUAUAAAAACAAUGGAGAAGGUUAGAGGAAGUUCAGAAGAAAAAAGGAAAGUAUCCAGAGGCCAUGUUUGUAUCAAAGAAUACAUAUUGUUAACAUAUUUUGUAAGAAUAAAUUAAAAUUCCAAUGGGAACCCUGAAUUCAGUAUACUCUAAAGAACUUCUUGGAGAAACUGAUCCUAGGUUCCCAGAUGUUCAGUUUUUAUCAUAGUUAACUUCAUUUAUUAGUUGAGUAAAAUGAGGCAGCCUGUAAUUUCGUGGCUCCUCCCCAAAAAAAGUUCAAACUAAGCUUGUGGCUCAUAAUUUAAAAUGUUAAUUGUAGGGUGGAAUGACAAUCCCAUGGAAAAAAAGAUGUUUUGCACACAUACCACUGAGUCAAAAAUCAGAAACCUUUCCAUUUCUCAGCAUGUACAGUUGAAACCAUUCACCAGAGCACUGAAGCAUUGUAUUGAUAAACUUAAAGUCUACAGGAUUAACUCAUCCCCAAAUAGCCCUAACUACAAUUUGAAUAUGGACAGCCUUUAGUAGCUUCUGAAGUGGGAAUAUCUUCAAUAGACCAGCAGUAAUUGUGUUCCUUCUUAAAAGGGCAAGAAAAUAAUGAUCAUUUUCAAAAUGGAGUGUUCCAUUUGCCUACCCAUGUUCUUGUUGAAUAAGUCAUCCAUGCUACAGUAGAUUUUUCAGCCUGUUAGCUUAGAUCUAUAUCUAGGUCUUUCCUAACUGGCUGGUAUAUAUGCUACAAAAAUGAUAACAAUAAUAAUAAUAAUAAUAAAACUUCUGCAUCUUUGGCAAACUGUAAAAAGUAGGAUCAGACUUGUAAAUGGCAUUAUUUCCUCUCAGUCUAGUUUGGAUUCUUAGGGAUCAUCAUUCAGCUUUUCAAAGGGGUUGUCUUUUUAUUCCUUUUCAGUGAAUUCAAGGAGAAAAAAAAAUUAAUGGAAUAGCAUCAGCACACUAAUAUUUCUUUCUUGGGUCUUUGGUUCGUCAGAGCUGCCUAACUAAAUGGUAGCUGAAAAUCCAUCCCAGCAUGUCUUUAGAACUUUGUGUGUAUGUGUGUGAUUUUGAUUAGUCCAUGAUUUCCUUGGAGUGAAUACAAUCUAGUCUACACCUUCUGAUCUUCUUAAUUCUCAUCCAUUCUUCCCUUAAAUUUAACUGACAUGUCUUCUGUGUCCUUAUUAGACACAAAUUCCACUGGCAACCUACAGCAGCUUAAUUAUACUUACCAUUAAUUAAUGAUAAUUAAGUUAUCAUCUUAAUUUCUUGGUCAUCACAGUAUUCUGUGAUUCACAACCAUCCAGAACCACUAGGAGAAUGUUAGUAUAACCUUAGCAGUUUUGAAGAGAGCAUGGGGGGGUAUGAAAGGAAAGGGAAAAUGUUCUUGUUUUGUUUCCUAUAGACUGACACUAAGAGGUAUGAGAUUAUUCAUUUUGUACUAGCAUAUACUCCAACAUGUCACUUCGGGGGAAAAAAAUCUGGGAAAUUCUAAGACUAUAAAUAAGCUUUUAAACACUGUCCUCUGGACUCCAAUCUUGGUUUCAUUUAAUUUUUAUCUGGUAUUUGUUUUUCAAGAUAAAUAAAAUGUUUGAAAUCACCCAGAAAUGGGUGGGGAGUUCUCAGUUACUUGUAUAACUAUAAAUUACACUUAGAAAAUAUUCCUUCUUUGGUCAUUUAAGAGAGAGACCUUCCAGGUCAUCUCUAUGCCAGUGGGUAUUUGUUAAUAAAAGAAGGAGCUCCCCACAGCACAGGCUGACUUUGAUGAUAAUUUAGCACUCUGCCCAUUCCUCUUGAGAGAGAGAUAUGCAUUUUAAAUUCAGUACUUUCACAUUCCUUGCUGUUAGGUAGCUACAUGAAGGCACAUCACCCUGAAGAAAGAGGGGCAUAUGGGUGAUCAGAUCAUGCAACAAAGUAAUAUAUAAAACUAUUUUUAUAGCAUUACUGUCCCAUAUGAGAGAAAUCCCUCAAAUAUAUUGGACAAUAAACAAUUUUUGCAUUGCAGUAUUCCAAUUAGAAUGUACAGAACUAGGGAGAAAUAUGAGAUAGUUCAUUUUCUAAUCUAUAAUCUGUGAACAUAAUUUAGGAAUUUGUCUACUCUGACAUAUACUGGUUCUGUGACCCUACAGGUCAUUUGUUUCCUCUGUGCCCCAAGAAACUAACUAAAGCUUUUAAGUUGUAGAAUUGCUACUAAUUUGCAUUGGUCAAGGAAAGUUCUUCCCAAGAGCAAGCACAUGGGUGAAAUCACAGAUCCUAGAUUGGAGUGGAUCUGUGAUUCAUAUAUAUGUGGUACACAGGCAGGUAGAUAGUUACACACAUAGAUUAUAUGUAAUAUAGAUUAUGUAUGUAUGUGUAUGAUUACUCUUUCCCAAAUUGUACCUGAGAAUAUAAUUUUAGAAACACUGAAUUUUUUGAGAAGAAAAGUUAUUUUUUAAAAAUUUGACUUUAAAGCAAAGAAAUAACUCAGCACUGGCACAAAAAUCCAUUAUGGCACAUAUGCUCCAAAAUUAGUUCAUCUUCCCCAGCAAGAUCAGUUUAAAUGCAGAAAAGCAAUUGUACUGACUUUCAGGAUUUCCAGCCAUUGCUUAAGUUCACAACUCUUGAACAUGACCCAAUCAAAAGCCAUUUUUUGUUCAUUUUCCUUCAUAGGAAUUAAAAUAAGGUAAUGUCUUUUUAAUACUCCUUGGGAAGUAUUCUACAUAUGUCUUCCUUUCAAGUGUUUCUGAUCUUCUGUAGGUGACAGACUUAAAGGACUGUUCAAAAUCCACCAUAGUGUGGUGGAUUUCCAGUUUCAAUUCCAAAAUGAAAGACCAAGGGAAUAUCCUUAGCUUAUCCAAAGCAGAUAAGGAAGUGGUCUAGGUCAGUUCUGAGCAUCCAAAAGUGGCUUCCACCUCAAAGGUGCUUAUAGCUUAUUAAGGAGCUUAUUGCUUAUUAAGAUGCAUUUGUUGGCCAUCUUAGUGGAGAAGUCAGUGUCUAGGCCUGACUAGAAAUUAGACCAACCUCCCAUUCAUCUGUUUGAAAAAAGUCCAGCCUGAGCAAAAUACCAUGGGUGCUGUUUCUGCCUCAGAAGCAACUAUUGGGCAAUGUUUGGGAAAGAAAAGCUAUCGGACAGUGUUUAAGAAAGAAAAUCCUCCUCAGACUCCAAAGAGUAUCUCCACAAAAUUUAUGCAAAGAUUACUUUGAAGAGGUGUGGUUACUGCAACUCUGCCCAAGGUUUGUUAGUCUGGGAACAGCAAGUCUACAAACUGAGCUUGCUUCCCACUCCCCCAAGAGAAAAUGGCUAAUUAUAAGAAAGCUAGAUUUCUUUUCACCAUUCUCUAUUUAGAUGGCUCUUGCUUAACUAUAAAAGAUGGCCCCAGAAGACCUGUUCAUAGAUCAUCUUUAUUUCUGCUUGCUCCUUAACUGGCCAUGACAUAUAACAAGUGAUUUUUGCUUCUCUUCUUUCUCUUCUCUGUCCAUGUCCAAUAGUUAAGUAUCUUUAAAUGAAUGUUUAACUACCUUGCUAUAUUCUUAUGUACCUGAACUUUGUGGUGAAUCACCAGGGGAAGAUUCACAUUGUUUGAUAAAUGGAUUUUCUUAAAAGAAUCCACCAUUAUUUCAUUCCUAAACUAUUCUGUUGUUUUUCUAUAGUAUCUAUCUAUUAUCUUAGGUAAAUGUUCUGAAGAUCCUCUUUGUGCCCUUGGUUGGAAGCCCCUAGUCCUUUAAAAAUAUUCACUAUGUUACCAGAAGCAUCAAUAUUUCAGUGAUCCCAAAGCACUUUGAAUUUGACUUGACAUUUCAAAAUAAUAAAACCUGGUUUCCCAGGUCACUCUGUGGCAAUGACUACAUUGCUCAUACUCCUGAAUCCAUCCCAGAUUUCAUUUCCACUCUCAAACCUGGGUUUUCGAUGAUGUGUACCCAUAUAUAUCAAUAGGCCUUUAUUUGCAUGUAUUCAUGCAUCUUGCUGUAAUGAGUAAUAAGUGUCCUAGUGAAUCCAUAGAACUCUAGGACCGACUGCCCACCUGUGGGCAGUAUUUUCUAAAAGCUAUUCAGCAUUCAGAAAGGUAUUUCUACUAUCAAUCUUUGUUGUUAUUUAUUUCUGGAUUAUACUUGUCAUGUGAAAAUACAGCUGGAGACAGAAAACCUUAAAGCUUUCUCUUUUAUACUUCAUGUGCAUUUAAUGUUAAUUACCAUUAUCAAAGGGGCACCUAAUCUAGGUGGAAAGAACUUAGAACUAAGUGCCUGAGUAAGCUGCAUACCUUUGCAUUAGAUAAGUAAAAUGGACUUGGUUGGAUAGAGCAUUUUACGCCUGAGUUUCCUUUCUCAGAUCGGCAAAGGAAUUAACAAAAAGGACUUUGAAAUGUUUUUGCUGUCAACUUUACAUAUAGCAUAAUGUUAAAAAAAAAAAAAGUCAAAAAACAAAAACUCAAGUUAGAAAACCAUCCCAGGUGCUGCCUUAAUUUAGGAGCUUCCCUAGAUUGCCAUCUGAGAAAAUGCCAAUUGGGGACAGAUGCUUAAGUUGGUGCCUUAGUUUGCCUGGGUUUAUGGGAAACGCCUUCAGAAUCAUAAAGUGCCCUUGUAUGUGUUAAUGGAAACAGAUAAUAUUGUUGACAGAAAGAGCCCUGGGUGAGGCUACUGCAGAAGAAGUUUCCAUAUGUGAUGGAUAUUGUGUCUUAGGGUUUCUGGAAUGUUUCAGAGAACAGAAGGUCUAAGUUUCAAGGUCUUAGAGAACUCGGAUUUGUACAGAGGUAGUUGUCUUUGGUUAUUAAGAAGACAAGGAUUGCAAGUGGAAUGAUGUUCAACCAGAAUUUGGCAACUUGUAAUACCCAACAUUUCAGUAACUUGAGAGAUUUCUAGCAUUUCAUUUUUGAUCUAAAAGUUUGAAAAGCAUGCUUUUUAGUUUAGAGAUACAGUAUGUGAUAAGAGAAGCACAAUAUUGGUACCCAUGAGAGUACCAGCACUAGAGAUUUUUAUAGGAUAUUUGUUCUGAGAUGUGUAGAAAUACAUUUAUACUGUAAAAUAUAUUUGGGGUUUGGGUUAUUUUGUUUUUACAGUUCCACAAGGCAUAAUCAAAACUAUUUUUUCAGGGUUAUAAUACUGUAGGUCACACACCUAAGCUUAUUUUUUUUUCAGUGUAUUCUGAUCAUAGAUAAUAUUGUAAAUGUUGAAAAAAAUUCUGGGAUUAUACACUUGAAUCGUUGGUUUCUGUGUUUGAAAUUGAGGUUAUUCUGGUGAUGUCUGGGGCAGGGGUCCUGCUUGCCAGAAGAGACUUCUCUAAUCCCCUGCCUGACCCGCUGCUUAGCCAAUGCCUACCACCCUGCCAAUCGGGCAAUCCUGUAUCUCUUUCUCCAUCUAUUCCUGCCACUGUUCUGGGCAUCCUUCAUGCCCCUUUCCUGUGCUUCCCACCAUUGUCUUGGGCUACCCACAGAGCUGGCUCUUCCUUAUUUACUUCUGCCCCUGCUCAGGUAGCAGGGGCCCAGUUAAGAGGUGCUUUUGAAUGCCAUGCUUGGUUGUGGACAUGCCUUCUAUGCCCUGCUUCCAUCCUCCUAACCCCUCUGACCUUGUACAGCAGCCCAAAGAAGGUUCCCAAUUCUUGGUCCAGGAUAUAUGAAUCUAAGGUUGAUAACAUACUCCAAUGACUUUCCCGCAUCCUCUAUUUAAAAUCAAAUUAUUUCAUUAAAAUGCCCAAUUUGACUUUUGCUCCAAGAUGAAGACUUCCCUAAGGGUGCAAAUCAUACAUUCCAAGCUGCUUUUUCUACUGAUUCACAGGCUAUCCUUUCACAAUAUUUCUUCAUACUUGAAAUUCAUUCUGCUAUUUUAAUAUCAGGGUACAAACAUGUUAAAGGUGCGUGUAUUACUGUUCCUUCAAAAGGUGCAUAAUUUUUUUUCAUUCAGUGUGCUUAAUAAUUGCUAUUAAGUGGCUCUAUUUUUGGUGCUUUUGGUUUAGCUGUUAAAAGAAGAGGUGCAUGAAGAUGCCUUGCCUGGAACAUAACUUUACUCUAGAUUUAGCUGUUUUAUCAUUUUCUCAUGCUGACUUAUCCCUUCUCUGUCCCUGGGUACAGAGAUGCGGAAAGGGGAGCCCUGACAGGAGGCUCUAUGUGUUAGGACCACUGUGGUGCCUUCUUUACUCAGGCUAAGCAUGGCUGCAGCAUUGGUUUGGGGGAAACCCUUCCCCUCAUGCAUAGCUGAGCUGUGUAACCCUUCAAGAUAGAAUGGCCCAGGCCACAGAUAGGAAGGGGAAGAGUAGGAAGGAGCUACAACUAUAGCACAGCUGUGACAUUCCCCUUUCUGGUAUAUUUACCUUGGACAGCUCCUAGGAGGGGAAGUACUCUCUUUGAAAGAACAUUCCUUCCUUAUGGCAACCCAAGUGGAAAGCUCUGGCCUUCCCCUCUCUAGGCAUUUGGAGAUAUAGGUCAGCUUAUCUGUAGUCUUCCUGGCCUGCGAGGAAAGAGAAGAGAUGGCAUUUAUUGUUCAAUGGAAUGUAAUACCCAAGAACUACAGAAAGCAAACUGUAGUAUAUAAAACUCAGUGCACCCUCAUAUGAAUCUUUGUUUCAAAAUCAGCCUAAGUUUGGGUUCCUUUACCUUGGUUCUUCUGAUCUAAUAUACCCUUUCUAGCAUGUGCCUUACCAUAAGGGAUUCAUUGUUUUAUUUCUCUAGAACAGUUUAUGGAGAGGAGAGAAUGGAGUUCAGGAGUAGCCACAUAUUAGUGGUCACAAAUGUUGAAAAACGGGCAGAAAAAAGUUCAAAGGGUCACAGAUAUGGGAUUAGAUAAGACUUAUUUUAUCAGAGAAGUAAGUAGUCCUUUAGAACUGGAUGUCUUACUGCUGGCAGUGCUAGAAAGCCAAGUUAUGUAUUUAUUGUCAAAUGAUGAGGUUCAUUGUUUUUUUAAAAAAUCAAUAUUGGAAUGUCAUUGUCAGAUUAAUGUUUUCAGUUAUGCACAAAGUAAUUUGAAAUAAAAGAGAAGUAGUUUGUAUAUUUAUCAUCCCAUACAUACAGUUUCUUUCAAUAAAAGUACUGAUAGCAAAUAAAAAUAACAAAAACAGCAAUAUUUUUAAACUGCUUUCUCAAAAAUUCGCUGUCUUAACUAUAUUUUUCUUUUAUUUUGAUGUAAGAUGAGUACAGUCACAGUAAGUACUGAAUAAAUACAAAUUUUGGCAAAAUGUGUUUCACACAUUUCUUUUGAAUGAAUUCUGUCCUUGCAGCAAAAAUAAGGAAUAAAGUGAAUAGUAGAUCUUCA